GCUACCACACUGGGCGGCCGGGAAGCUGUUGUUGUGGGGGGGUUAAGGGCACAACGGCAGGAAAUGGCAUCUAGGAUUUGAUAGCAGCAACUCUCCGGUUGCAAGCUCACUUCCUGACAGAUAUUUCCAGUAGGACCCGGUAUUCAAACGGGCAAUUCCUCCGGUUUACUGGCUUGCCCCUCUAACCACUAUGCUACCUACCACCCCACAAUGAGGUUUAUAACUAAAAGACAAACUUCCAGCGUGUUUUAACAUAUCAUUUGGUGUCUUAAAGGGAUUGCAUCAAGAAAGAUUAAGAUCGUUACUUUGUAUGGAAACCGCCAUGGGACGAAUCCCAGACAACGUCCCAAAUGAUUUCAGUAAAAUUCGAAUAGAGAAUUCACACCUGACCGAAUUACCCCGCGGCUCCUUCUCUAAAGUUACUGCCUUGGCGUCUCUAUGGUUGAACUUCAACGACAUCACCCUAAUGAACAUCAAGAGUCUCGAAGGGCUGACGAAUUUAACGGAACUGCGGCUCCAGGGAAACAAGCUGCGUUCAGUGCCAUGGACAGCGUUCCAGGACACGCCGAACCUGAACAUUUUGGACCUGAAACUCAAUCGACUAGACGUGCUCCCGGAAUCCGCCCUGAGACAACUACCAGGCUUGACCUAUUUAGACUUAUCCUUCAAUCAGCUUACUGUCAUAUCCAGGGAUGUCUUCCUCAACUGGCCUCUCAUCAACAUACAGGAGAGAAAAGGACGUAAAGAGGCCAGCAGUGGAGAGGCCAACGUUGUUUUAGCGCUGCACGACAACCCUUGGCUAUGUGACUGCCGCCUCAAAGGUUUCGUUGAGUUUAUCAAAGCCAUUAGUCCACCUCUAAUUCUGAUGAACUCGUACCUGAAGUGCACAGGCCCCAGUUCCAGGGCGGGGAAGUUCUUCCACGAAGUCGGUUUGAAAACAUGUAUGAAGCCCGAGGCCUCAGCCUCAGAAACCAACAUGACAGUGUCACUGGGGGACAAGGUAACCCUCCAGUGCUUAGUCAAAGCCAGGCCUGAACCCUCCAUCCAUUGGUCGUACAACCUGAAGAUUAUAAAGGGAUUUACUGUGUCAGAGACCCGUAUGGACGAUGAGACCAUCAGAUCUCAGAUGGUCAUCCCAUCCCUGCACCUGGCGGACCGAGGCGUCUACACCUGCUUCGCCAACAACUUUAUCGGCAACUCCUCCAUCAGUUUCCUAAUCAACAUCAAGUCUUUCAACACCUCCUCCUCCGGCGGUACCGCCAUGUCUCGUCCCCCGUUCCCCCUGGCCUCAGCCGACGAGAACGUCUACAUUGACAUCCGCAUCGCCAAGCAGACGGUCUACGGCAUUACUCUGGAGUGGUACGCUGCGACAGACAACCCAGCAGAGACCUGGUUCACCAUCCACUUGGGGAAAUACCACUCUGGCAAAAAGGAGUUGACAUACAUCGGGCCGGGCAUCAACACCUAUGAGGUCAACGACCUCCUACCGGUUAGUAAAUACGAGGUGUGUGUGACGCUGAAGAACCAGACACCUCGCGCCGGUCAAUGCAUCGUGUUCUUAACAGGAAGUGACAUCAGCCAGCUGGAACAACGGGAGAAGUUCAUCCAUAUUAUUGUGAUCAUGUGUGCCAUGGUGCUGGCGGUGCCCGUUGGGAUGUACGCCUGCACCACCGACACUAGAUGUAAGUUCAGCUACCUGGACCGCUGUACGGAGCAGUGUAAGAGGAGGAGGAGGCAGGAGAAGACCCUGAGGAUGAAUGGGGAGAGACAGGGGACCUUCGACAGCCUCCAAGCCGCCAGCGAGGAAGGACUUUGUCGUGACUCUGAAGAGGUGAUGAUGAAGAGGAGGUCCUCCCAGGAUAAAAACAACCACAAGGGCAGAGCACAAGAUCCACAAGAGACAAACAUUGGAGCAAAGCUUUAUUAGCUCUAGGUUUAACGUAAAAAAAAUGUAAUGUGCAAAGAUACCUCUGGGGAGCAGUCUUCUGUGACGUGAAGCUUUAGGAAACACAUCUGUAAAGCUACAAGUUAUGAAGACUGAAAUGCCUUUCUUCCAUGACUGUAGGGAAGAGUAUAUUGUUUUAUCAAAAUUCCCUGUCUGUAAGUAAUCAAAUGUUUAUUUUUUUCAAGUUUAUAUGCUGUAUCUUUGGGAUAUGUGUUUUUUUUUAGCUUCAUUGUUCUUCUCUGUUUUAAAAGAAAUACCUAAUGUCACGUUCGUUAGAAUAAAUGUCGGACCAAGGCGCAGCGUGAGUAGCGUUCCACAUCUUUUAUUAGAAAGUGAAACUUAGCAAAAUUCAAAAACAAAUAAAGAAUAAACUAAACGUGACUACAGAGAUGCUACGUGCACUAAGUCAAAACAAUAUCCCAUAACCCAUAAGUGGAAAAAAUUCUACUUAAGUAUGAUCCCCAAUUAGAGACAACGAUAGCCAGCUGCCUUUAAUUAGGAAUCAUACCAAACAUAGAAAAACUAAACUAGAACCCCACAUAGAAAAUAAUAACUAGAAAAACCCCCAGU